AUGAGGGAGGUGCAGUCUUUGGUAGAUACAGCUCUUGGGUAUAUAAGCGUUUGUUUUGCAUUUGCUGGUCACCAACAAGCUGUACAGGAUAGAGACCACAAGUUCCUAACAAAAGUGGUCGAAGAAGCUUAUAAAGGAGUUGAAUGUGGUGAUGGAGGCCCAUUUGGUGCGGUUGUUGUUCGAAAUGAUGAAGUAGUUGUAAGCUGUCAUAACAUGGUUUUCAGAAACACUGAUCCCACAGCUCAUGCUGAGGAUACUGCUAUAAGAGAGGCUUGUCAAAAGCUAAAUCAAAUUGAGCUCUCAGACUGUGAAAUCUAUGCAUCUUGUGAGCCUUGUCCAACGUGCUUUGGUGCAAUUUAUCUUUUAAGAAUUAAGAGAUUGGUUUAUGGAGCUAAAGUAGAGGCUGCAAUAGCAAUUGGAUUUGAUGAUUUUAUUGCCGAUGCACCCUUUGGAGAUGUUACUGUCACAUUGUUUCUGGGUCAGGAUAGCCAGCAACCAAUAUUCUCUGGACAACAGAAGUUAUUUUUUGAGCAUGAAACUCACUUCACUGUUAUGAAUUAUCGUGGAAGCAUAAAUCACAAGAAUAUGAAGGAUUUUGUGAGGGAAUUUGGAACUGUCAUGGUAACCACUUUAGUAUCCAUGCUCCUCCCAUUUUUCAAUGACAUACUUAAGGAUUUCUACUCUCUAUUUUUUCAUUGGACCUUAAGGACAAGGUCCGUUCUUUAG